AAUUUCUUUUGCGCCGCCCCUGUUCCGUAGAUUUCUUAGGUACAUUGAAUAUAAUCAUUAUGGACUAAACCAGAAAAUUGAAGUAAACAUCAAUCAGUGUCCAAACCAUAUAGACCUAUUGUUUAAAUUAUACCAGUUCUAUCAAAAAUGGGUGUUUUUGGAUUGAGACUUACCGCUAGUGUUGUAGUUAUAAUAACUGCAGUUGUGCUGUUGAGGAGAAGAGAAAAGGAAAACGUUGUGUUAUCAUCAAUUAAUGAAAGUGGUUAUGAAGGUCAACUUCAUCAUACAAUAACAGAAGAUGGAUAUAUUUUGGGCCUUCAUAGAAUACUCAAACAAGAAGAAGAAGAAGCAGAACAAAGUACAAAGCAACCUAAAGAACGUUAUCCAAUUCUUUUCGUACAUGGUUUGGAAUCUUCUGCGAUUGACUGGAUUCAUUUCCAAGGAAAAAAUUCACUUCCUUAUUUAUUACUGGAAGAGGGCUACGAUGUUUGGCUUGGAAAUGUUAGAGGAACUCAAGCUUCCUUCAAUCAUACUUCCGUGGACCCGUAUGAAGAUCCUGAAAAAUUCUGGGAUACGAGCAUUCACGAGAUAGGUUACUACGAUCUGCCUGCGAUGGUAGACUACGUCCUAGAAACAAGUAAAAGUGAAAAACUAUUUUAUGUUGGAAUAUCUCAAGGAGAGGCUACUUUCCUCAUUAUGGCUUCCUCACGACCAGAAUAUAAUAAGAAGAUACAGCUCGCUUUGCUUACAUCGCCUAGUUCACACUUAAGGCACUCAGACAAUAUAGUUCUGAAAUCUCUGGGAUCUGUAUGGCCAGUUCUGCAAUUGGGAGCAAGAGUUGUAGGACUACAUACAGUACCUGGAAGACAACUUUUUGGAACGAUAUGUCAGUACGAAAUAUUUUCAUUAGUCUGCAGUAAAUUAUACGACCCUUUCACUGGGUACUCAGAUAUAGAACAAUCAGAAUCAUUGACGGUAGCGAAAAUGUUCGAAGUUUAUCCAGUUAAAUCUUCUAUGAAGCAGCUUUUGCAUUAUCUCCAAAUGUAUAAUUCAGGUAUAUUCAGGAGAUUUGAUUAUGGACCUGAGGAAAAUCUGAAGAAAUAUGGCAUAAGAGACCCUCCAGAAUAUGAUCUCAAUAAUGUAACUGCCCCUGUUUCGUAUUUUUGGGGCGAGAAUGAUUGUUGGUCGCGACCAAAGGAUGUUGAAGAAAUCGAAAAGAAAUUGCCAAAUAUGGUUUUGAAUUAUCGAGUACCACAUAAAGCCUUCAAUCAUUAUGAUGUGUUUAUGGCUAAAGACGCAAAAAUAUUGGCUUAUGAAAAAAUGAUUGAAACCAUAAUUCAUCACAGUCAUGAUAAAUCCUGAUUUCGGAAAAAAUAAGAAUUGUUUGUAGAAUUCUUUUUGCCUGCAUAGGUCUAUGGUGAUAUGAAAAUGGGCUGUUGAAGAUUUAAGUUAUGAGAGAUGUUAUUGUGAUAUAGUUAAAAUAAGAAAUUAUUUUGUGAAUCAAGAAAUAAUAAUUACUGAAAAUAUUCGUAUUCACGAAUAUUUGAGAAGCUAUAUUGUUUACAUUGAAUAUUUCAUUUCAAUUAAGAAAAUAAUUAUAUAUUCAUCAAUUAAUGUAAUAACAUAGUGGACUUUGAAAUGUUCUUUACUACUUUCUACGUAUACCGUGAUCAUUCCAUAUGAUGAAAUUUCGAACUUAGCAAUCAAAACUUGUGUGCUCUCCAUUCUGAUUUUUUGUGAACUUUUGAUUUCAAACUCGAUAUACCUAAUAAGAUCCAAAUUGAAAAUAGUUCGUCAAUAGUAGGUUCCUACGAGGUUACAAUUAUUACAAAAAUUUAAAUACAGAUACAAAGUCAUAUAACUGUUUGAAUUGUAUAGAAAAAAAAUAGGAAUAUCAAAUAAAAUUCAGUUUGAAUGAAUAUGAAAUUGUAGAAUAAUCUAGCUUUUUCUCUGAAAGACAAAGGAUCGAUUUGUGCAAUAUAGGUAACUAUGAUAUUUAAAAUUAUGUGUGAAUUUUAAUAAAGAUAAAUAAAUAAAAUAGAUAAUAUAGACUCAGGAGAUAGUUGACAAUA